AUGACCAUUGGAAUCGAUCUUCUUCGGAAGGACAAGGGAGGAGACCCCGAGGCGCCGCCGAGACGGGGCCACGGGCCCACGGGUCCGGAGAUCUGCGUCGGAAAGCAGCGAACUCGGGAGGAGAACGACCGAUUCCAAGGAUUGGUGAAAGAGUCGGAGAAGCGCCGCUUUCGCGAUCCGAAGCUCAUCGACCAGGUCCUGGAGUUGGACACCCUUUGGGUCCGGAACGCGAACUGGGUGAAGCAGAAGUUCCAGUUGGAUGAGAAGCGAAAAGAGGCUUCAACUGUGAACAAGGUCCAAAGCCAGAUCACCGAGAAAAAGAAAGCCUCCAAAGGUGCUGAUAAAUGCGAAGACCUGUUAGAGCAGAAGACCUCGCUGGAGGGCGAAGCCGCCAACAUGGAAAAGGUCUGUGAUGAGACGAUAUUCCAAAGGGUUGGAGCACUCAACGAGCUGUUUCGAAGCGGCCUCCAAUCGUCCAAGACGCAGAUUUGCGCCUGUGGCAAAUCCAACGAAGGGUAUGAGCCUCGAGCUGGAGCAUAG